AUGGGUGUUACAGAAAAUAUACAAGAUGCUAUUUCUCUUUCAACAUGUUCACCUUUAUCAGCAAAUGGACAGGAUUCCAAACGAUGUGUGAGCGAAUCAUACAAGGUUACUAUUUGUAAACGUCAGAAAUAUUUUCACUCAAUUUCAUUUAAUGAAGGAUUAAUUACUACUACAAGUCCAAAAGUUGCUGUGAUCGGUGUUGGUUCACGAGGUCUAAGUAUUUUGGAACGAUUAGCAGCCAACUAUGAUCAAAAUAAGAAUUAUAUAUUAAACAUUUAUUUAAUUGAUCCCGGUCGUUAUCCUGGUCAAGGCAUUCAUUCAUCUGAACAAAGUCCACAUUUGCUAAUUAAUACAGUUGCUUGUCAAGUGACAAUGUUUCUAGAUGAAUCAAUAACAAAUUGUGGACCAAUUAGAAAAGGACCAUCGUUGUUUGAUUGGGCGCGUGAAGAAAAUUAUCGAAAAAUGCCAAAUGGACAAUAUAUGAAAGGAUGUGAUGGAGGAAGCGAAAUUGAACCAAAUGAUUAUUUGCCUCGACAAUUACUCGGUGAAUAUUUGAGAUGGGUAUAUGAUUAUUUAGUGAGUAAUUUACCUAGUGGAAUUAUUGUUCAUCAUUAUAAUCAGACAGUCAUUGAUAUUCACUGUUUAAAUGAUGGUGGUGUCAAACUCUUUCUAAAUGACGGAUGCUCAUUCAACGUCGAUUGUGCUGUAUUAACGACUGGUCAUGAUCAAAACGCACUGGAUAACGUAGAAUUGCACUACGAUCAAUUUGUCAAUGAAUGCCGAUCGAUGAAUCCUCAUUUACGAUAUUUACGGGCUUAUCCAUUGUCUCAACUUCAGUCCAUCGAUCAACAUAGUAGAGUUGCUAUUCAAGGGCUAGGUUUAUCGUGUCAUGAUGUUUUAUCAGAACUGACGUGUGGUAGAGGUGGACAAUUUGUUUAUGGUGACAACGAUGAAUUAACGUACAUUCGAUCGGGGCAUGAACCAGAGAAAAUUUAUGUUUAUUCGCGUAAUUGCUUGCCGUUUAGUGCACGAGGUAGAAAUGAAAAGAGUGUCGGUGGUCAAUAUCAAGCUCGCUUCUUCACACGGGCAAUGAUCGACCAAUUAAGAGAGGAAAAUGGCUAUUUUCAACUUGAUUUUGAGAAACAGGUGUUGCCCGUAUUAAUUAAUGAAAUGUGCUAUGUUUAUGAGUGCACGUUACGUAACAAUUGGCUGGUGUCGCAUGAUGAAUUUGAACCAAGUGAAGAAACUAGACAGGUCAUUCAUCGAUUACUUUAUCCAUUGGAUAAUGUUAUUAUUGAUUACAAUUCGUUUACAUUUUGGAUUAUCGAUUUCAUUGAACAAGAUCUCGACGAAGCGUAUCUGGGAAAUGUUAGUAGUCCAGUGAAAGCUGCCACAGAUCUGUUGCGUGAUGUACGAGAUACUAUUCGUUAUACUGUUGAUUUCAGAGGACUAACACCGAGAUCACAUCAAUAUUUUAUUGAAAAUAUUUGUCCAGUUAUGAACAGAAUUGCUGUGGGACCACCAAAAGAGAGAAAUAUUCAACUAUUGGCUCUUAUUCGUGCUGGAGUAGUUGAGUUUGCAUGCGUUCCAAAUGCACAACCUCGAGUUCGAUGUGAUAGAGCACGAGCGAGUUUUGUUAUUGAAAGUAAAUCGAUGCAAGAAUGCAUUGUCGACGUUUUAAUUAAAGGUAUGAUGGAAUCAUUUUAUCCUGAACGAAACAAUUCGUGUUUAAUUCGAAACAUGUUGAAAAGAGGAUUAAUUCGACCUUUUUCGAACGGUGAUUAUCGUCCUGGAGGCAUUGAUAUCAAUGAAAAUCAAAAUCUCAUUAGUGCUGAAGGUUUAACAAUCCAAAACAUUUGGGCACUAGGAAACAUUGUUGAAGGCCCUAAUUUUUAUACCUAUGUUUUACCUCGUCCACUAGUUAAUUCUCGAGCGUUACAAGACGCAGGAAAAUGCGUUUUUAAAAUAUUUUCAUUACUUGACAAAUGUCUAGCACCUAGUAAUUAG